AUGACAGGUUUACAAAAAAAUUUCCAAACAUUUUUAAAACAUCAAAUUGGAUUUUUAAAAUUUUUUAAAAACAAUUUCUUUAAAUCAUUUUCGGUUAGUGAAGUUAUGAAAGAACAAGAUAGACAAUUUAGAGAAAGAAGUGAUGAAUUUAAAAGACAAACAUUGGUCUCGUUGGAAAGGUAUAAUUAUUUAUUAGAUUUUAAUUAUGCACAAGCUAAAAUGAUUGAUAGAAAGCUUGAAUUAGAUUACUUAAUUCAAAGAAGAAAAGCCAAUAGAAUAAACCAAAUGAAAGCUGUUGAAACAUUAUUAAAUUCAGUUGUUAUCGAUGAAGAUGGUUAUAUAAAAAAGAAACACCUUAAAGAUAUUGAAAUUGAUACAUUCAAUAAUAAUAAUAAUAAUAAUAAUAAUAAGAAUAAUAAUAAUGGCAACGAUAGUGGAGUCAAUCCAAUUAAAAUGUUUUUAGAAGAAGCACAAACAAAACAAGAACAAAAAAUGAAAAACCAAAAUAAAUCAUCUGUUUCAAUUGAAGAUUUAGAUUCACUUUUUAGUACAAUCAACAACAAUAAAGAAAAUGAAACUAUAAAUAUAAAUAAUUUUGAUUUUGAAAAACUCUUUACAAAACCAACAAAAUUCUCUGAAGAGGAAUAUUCAAAAGUAAUCAGUGAAAUGAAAAAUAAUAAUAAUAAUAAUGAUGACAACAAUAAUAAUAAUAAUAAUAAUAAUAAUAAUAAUAAUGAUAAUAAUAAAAUUAAUGAAGAAAACAAACAAUAA